UAAUCAUCUCGGUAAAUCCCGCGCCAAACUCCGACAAACCAUUCUCAACUGCACGACCAGCAUCAACGACGUCGACGGACACCCUCAAGCAAUCCCUAUGACUGACUCAACUUUCAAGCGUUUCGUCGAAGUUGGACGAGUGGUCCUUCUCAAGUCCGGCCCAUUUUCAGGCAAGAUCGCCAUCAUUGUUGAGAUCAUAGACCACAACCGGGCAAUCAUCGAUGGCCCAACCACCGGCGUACCGCGCCAAUCCUUCCCCUACCGCCACCUAACCCUCACCCCUCUCGCUCUAACAAAACUUCCUCGCGGCGCAGGGUCUGGUGUCAUUCUGAAGCAGCUGGACAAGGAGGGUACCAUUGCUAAGUGGGAGUCCUCGACAUGGGCCAAGAAACGUGCUGCCAUGGAGAAGAGACGAUCACUGAAUGACUUUGAGCGGUUCAACGUCAUGGUCGCAAAGAAGCAGCGGAGAGACGUGGUCAGGAAGAGCUUGGCGAAGGCAUAGAUGACGCUGGCACUGCAUGGAUACAAAAUAUUUGACAUCUUGAUAGGAUGUCGCAUCGCAUUGCUGCAUGAUCCACACUUCUUUUACACCUGCUUAUGCCUACCAUGAUAUAUGCAUGCACCAUGCCCGCGCUAUAUUGCUAAUCAUUCGCUUGGAAGUAAGAUCUGCUAAAUAUCAACUAGUCGGCCUCUGGUCUUGAAUGAUACCCCUUCUUGUUCUUUCAACCGUUGCUUCUGCCU